GAGAGCGAGAGAGAGAGAUCCAUUCACAUACGCCCAGAAAAAAAAAAGUGCAAAACGAGAGCAGUGGAGGUGAGCUUGAUAAGAGCUGGAGUCCCAGAGAAGAGUCAAAAGAGGAGAUUCAGAACCAUAGAACCCAUCUAUAAAUUCAGAAAGAUGCUCUGUCCUUCCUGGCUCUUGGCUGCAGCAGUCUUGUGUUUCCACAGUCCGUAUGUAGACGGCCGCUGCUUGGAUUUGAUGGACUGCAUGGGCCUAAAAACUAAUGAACAAAAAUUGCAGUGUAUCAGGCAGUGCAGAUCUGUGCAAGAAUCCUCCAAUUACGGGAAAGUGUCUUCAUCAGAACAGCAGAACAGUGAGGAAGAGGUUGAGGAAGAGGGCCUCAGUUUGGGCCUGCUCUUAUCGGCUAUGUCUCCAGAUUCAAUUGAGUUCCAAGACGCUGCUGGAGAAGCCCCUCACAAUGACGAGAGGAGGUCUUACUCCAUGCAGCACUUCCGCUGGGGCAAACCCAUGGGCCACAAACGCAGACCCGUCAAAGUCUUCACAAACAGCGCCCUGGAGGAGGAGCCCGAGGAGUCGGUGGAAAGGGUGCGCGUGGAGCGAGGGCAGAGCGCCAAGCUGGACAUUCAGCCGAGGAACAAUGCUAGGAGCAACGGGAAGUAUCGCAUGACCCAUUUCCGCUGGAACGCCCCACCUAACAAGCGCUAUGGAGGCUUCAUGAGGCUGGAUUCAGAUCAAUCCCACAAGCCCCUGCUCACGCUCAUACGAAACGUCAUUGUUAAAGACGGACAGCAGUUCAGCGAUAAAGAGAGGAGAGAAUAGACAAUAUUUGGUGUAAAAACAUUUAAAUGUGUAACAUGCAACCUUAAUAAAAAAAAAAAGCUUCCUCUGAACAUUUAAAUUCUUGCCAGGGCAUGAAACA